GGAUGAUGGUGAGCCUGAGCUACCACUGCGAGAGGAGGCGAAGUGGAAGCUCCAGCCUUGGAAGUGGUGAAGGCAUAGGGGGCAACGGUGUCAAGAUGGUAGGGGAUAAGAAAAAAAAGUGAUGACGACAUUGAAGAUUAGGCAGCGAUGGAGACAGAUUCGACAUUGUAGAUUUUUUUUUUUAAAAAAAAAGUUUCUUGCAUAGACUAUGGAGAAGAUUCCGCGGCCAAUGGCCGUUAGUGACGGAUUGCAUCCGGGCUGAGAACUUCUUUCCCAGAAAUCAAGGACUCUCCUUCUUGGCUCAUACGUUCGACCAUCCUCUAAAAUCUUCUUCGUCUGAGUAAGAGAGAGGGGAGGAGAGAUGGUUGAGUCUCUGGUUUCUCAUGUCGUGUCUAAGCUUACCAACCUUCUCAUACAAGAAGUUGCUUUCUUGCAUGGUGUGCGCGAUCAGAUCAAAUGGGUGGAAACAGAACUCCGUCUAUUGCAAGGCUUCCUCAAAAAUGCAGAUGCCAAAAAGAAAGGAGAUGAAAGAAUGGAGAGCUGGAUACAUGAGAUAAGAGAUGUGGCAUAUGAAGUGGAAAACAUCAUAGACAGGGUCAAGUUCAUGGCUGAGAGGCAACGUCAGAGGAGAGGCUUCAUGGACACCAUUUCAAGGUACUCUCACAAACCUCGUGAAUUGUUCACCCUACAUGAAAUUGGUUCUGAUAUUGGAAAAAUAAAGGAAAGGAUCCGUGGUAUCUCUGAGAGCAAAGAUAGAUAUGGCAUUGCUAAUCUACGUGAAAGUAGUGCAGUGGAUGAAAGUUCACAAUCACUCAGAGAAUCCUCUCCUCGCUCUGAUGACGAUGACAUUGAAGUUAUAGGCUUCGAGAAUGAUAAGAAAGAAAUAGUGAGUCAAUUGCUUGAUGGGAAUGAGAAAGCACGAUGUGUAAUUUCUAUAGUGGGUAUGGGUGGGCUAGGCAAGACCACCCUGGCAAGAAAAGUGUAUAAUGACCUUGCAAUUAGAGAGCAUUUUAAUACCUUUGCUUGGGUUUCAGUUUCUCAGAGCUACGGAGUUAUCGAGCUAGCGAAGGACAUCAUGAAAAAAGUAAUGGGAAUCAAAAAGAAGAAAGAAAUGAAGCACCAUGAUUGGAAGGACAUGAUGAAAGAAGUAAUGGGAAUCAAAAAGAAGGAAGAAACAACUACAGAAAUUACAGAAGAAGACUUGGAACAGAUGGGUGAAGAAGAAGUUAGAGAGAAGCUCCGUGAUUUCCUAAGAGACAAAAAGUAUUUGGUCGUGAUGGAUGAUGUAUGGGAAGUUGAUGUUUGGAGAAAGAUGCAGCGAGUCUUUCCAGAUGAGAACAACGGCAGCAGAAUACUGCUUACUACACGUAAGACCGAAGUUGCAAGAGAUGCCCAGCCAUGGAUUACUCCACAUGAACUGCAGCUUUUGAACAACGCAAAGAGUUUGGAACUAUUCCGUAGGAAGGCAUUUCCACCAAAUCAAGAUGUCCCAACUGAGCUGGAGGCAUUGGCCCAGAAGCUUGCAAAGAAGUGUGGUGGACUUCCUCUUGCACUGGUGGUGUUAGGGGGCCUUCUGUCAAGGAAAGAUCGUAGCUACAAUGAGUGGUGGAGAGUAGCUCAGAGCAUGAAUUGGGAAGAUAGUAGAGAUGGGAAGGAGUGCCUCAAUCUAUUGGGUUUAAGUUACAAUGACUUGCCAGAUCCGUUAAAACCAUGUUUUCUAUACAUCGCUGCGUUUCCGGAGGACUCCAUUAUCUCUGCUUCCAAAUUAGUCAGGUUGUGGGUCGCCGAAGGUUUCAUACCCGAAGAGCAGACAAGGACAAUGGAAAAAACUGCUAGAGUUUGGUUGGAUAAUUUGGUCCAGAGGUGCAUGAUCCAGGUUGUUAGCAGAAGCAUGGUUCAUGGAUGGGUUAAGAGCAUACGCAUCCAUGAUAUGUUACGUGACUUUGGCCAAUCGGAAGCCAGAAGGGAUAGAUUUCUUCAAAUUUGGAGCAGUGACAACAUGGCAGUAUCUGAUGGCAUAUCGAGGCAUCGUGCGGCUUUCCACAAUCGUAUAAAUGACAAGGUUGCUGUUUCCUCACCACAUCUCCGCACACUGUUGGGCUUCAAUUUAAUUUUGACUAAUGGGAGAAGAUUUUUGAAUGGGUUAAACUUAUUAAGGGUGCUGGAUCUGGAGGACGCGAAACAUUUGAAGGAGUUACCGAAACAGAUCGGCAGCAUGAUUCAUCUACGAUACAUGGGAUUGAGAAACACUGGUUUGAAGAGACUGCCAUCCUCCAUCCGUCAUCUCUUGAAUCUGCAGACUCUGGAUGCGAGAGACACAAGGAUUUCACGGCUUCCGAAAUCAUUUUGGAAAAUGAUGCUUGGAGAUUUUCUGGCUUUCAGGGAUCCCGCACUUUUUUCUAUCACUCAGCUACGCUUGGCUUGGCUUGGAGAAUUAUCUGGAAAAGCACCCGUGAAAAUGGACAGUCUGAACUCCGUCACUCUGGUACUUCGUUUUCAAAUCACUGGGGACGUCCUUUUUGCUCAGGCACCAAACCUGCACCAGCUCCAUUCAUUGACACUAUGGGGAAGGUUGUCACUCGAAACACUCAAACCACAGCAGCAGCUCCCAGACAGCAGUCAAUUCCCGCCAAACCUCACCAAGCUCAUAUUAUGGAAUUCUAAAUUGGAGCAAGACCCAAUGCCGGUGCUGGAGAAGCUGCCAAACCUCAGGUUUCUUCAACUGAACGCAUUUGCAUACGUAGGGAAGAGCAUGUCGUGUUCUUCUGCUGGUGGCUUUCCUCGACUGCAACACUUGAUAUUAUUCUUUCUACACAAUUUAAGGGAAUGGAGAGUGGAGGCUGGGGCGAUGCCCAGCCUCACCCACUUAACUAUCAAUAGAUGCAGAAUGUUGAAGAUGCUUCCUGAGGGAUUGCAGCACAUGACCACACUUAUCCACUUAACUAUCAACUAUUGCGACAAGUUGGAGAUGCUUCCUGAGAGAUUGCAGCAGGUGACCACCCUUCGACGACUGAAGCUGAGUCUCAUGCCCCGUGAGUUGAAUAACAGGCAACAGCCUCUCUUUCCUGGUGAGAGUGGAGUUGAUCAACUUGUUGAAAUUAUUGAGAUUCUGGGCACGCCAACAAGAGAAGAAAUUAAAUGCAUGAAUCCAAAUUACACGGAGUUCAAAUUUCCAUAUAUCAAGGCUCACCCGUGGCACAGGAUCUUCCAUAAAAGAAUGCCACCUGAAGCUGUCGAUCUUGUCUCGAGGCUUAUUGACUACAUAUAUUCAAGACACUCUGGAGGCAUUAAUUCAUCCAUUCUUUGGCGAGCUAGAGACCCAAACACCCGUCUGCCAAAUGGUCGGUUUCUACCCCCGCUCUUUAACUUCAAGCCUCAUGUAAGGGAGAUGGAAGGAGCUAUUGCUGAGGCUCUGGUUUCCAAUGUCGUCUCUCAACUUGCCAACCUCCUCGCACAAGAAGCUGCUUUCUUAAGUGGGGUGAGGGAUCAAGUCGAAUGGGUGAAAGCACAACUCCAGCUAUUGCAAGGUUUCCUCAAAGAUGCCGAGUCCAGGAAGAGGAGGGGAGACGAAACAGUGGAGAUCUGGAUAAAGCAGAUGAGAGGUGUAGCAUAUGAAAUAGAAGACGUCAUAGGCACCAUCAACUACAUGGGCGAGAGGCGACACCAAAGGAGAGUCUGCAUGGGCUCCAUUUCAAGGCACUCUCACAAACGUCGUGAAUUGAUUACCCUACAUAAAAUUGGUUCUGAUAUUGGAAAAAUAAAGGAAAAGAUCCAGGAUAUUUUCACGAGCAAAGAUAGAUAUGGCAUUUCUAAUCUAGGUGAAAGUAGUGCAGUGGAUGAAAUUUUGCAAUUCCUCAGAGAAUCCACUCCUCACUCUGAUGACGAUGACAUUGAUGUUAUAGGCUUCGAGAAUGAUCAGAAAGAAUUAGUGAGUCGAUUGCUUGAUGAGAAUGAGAAAGCACGACGUGUAAUUUCUAUAGUGGGUAUGGGUGGGCUAGGCAAGACCACCCUGGCAAAAAAAGUGUAUAAAGAAAUUACAAAACAUUUUGAUACCUUUGCUUGGGUUUCAGUUUCUCAGAGCUACCGGGUUAUCGAGCUAGGGAAGGACAUCAUGAAAAAAGUAAUGGGAAUUAAAAAGAAGAAAGAAAUAACUACAGGAAUUACAGAAGAAGACUUAGAGCAGAUGGGUGAAGAAGAAGUGAGAGAGAAGCUUCGUGAUUUCCUAAGAGACAGAAAGUAUUUGGUCGUGAUGGAUGAUGUAUGGAGUGUUGAUGUUUGGAGACAAAUGCAUCCAUUCUUUCCUAAUGGAAACAACGGCAGCAGAAUACUGCUUACUACACGUAGCAUCGAAGUUGCAAGAGAUGCCCAGCCAUGGAUUCCUCCACAUGAACUGCAGCUUUUGAACGACGCAGAGAGUUUGGAACUCUUCCAUAGGAAGGCAUUUCCACCAAAUCAAGAUGUCCCAACUGAGUUGGAGGCAUUGGCCGAGAAGCUUGCAAAGAAGUGUGGCGGACUUCCUCUUGCACUGGUAGUGUUAAGGGCCCUUCUGUCGAAGAAAGAUCGCAGCUACCAUGAGUGGUCGAGAGUAGCUCAGAGCAUGAAUUGGGAAGAUAGUGGAGAUGGGAAGGAGUGCUUCAAUAUAUUGGGUUUAAGUUACAAUGACUUGCCGUCUCGGUUAAAACCAUGUUUUCUAUACAUCGCUGCAUUUCCAGAGGACUCCAUUAUCUCUGCUUCCAAAUUAGUCAGGUUGUGGGUCGCCGAAGGUUUCAUACCCCAAGAGCAAACGAGGACAAUGGAAGAAACUGCUAGAGUUUGGUUGGAUAAUUUGGUCCAGAGGUGCAUGAUCCAUGUUGUCCAGAGAAGCAUGGCUCAUGGAUGGGUUAAGAGCAUACGCAUCCAUGAUCUGUUACGUGACUUUGGCCAAUCAGAAGCCAGAAGGGAUGGAUUUCUUCAAGUUUGUAGUAGCCACAUUGCAGUAUCUCAUGAUAUAUGGAGUCAUCGUGCGGCUUUCCACAAUCGUAUGCAAGACGAGGCUGCUGUUUCCUCACCACAUCUCCGCACUUUGCUGGGCUUCAAUUUAAUUUUGACUAAUAGGGGAAGAUUUCUGAAUGGGUUAAACUUAUUAAGGGUGCUGGAUCUGGAGGACGCAAAAGAUUUGAAGGAGUUACCAGAACAGAUUGGCAGCAUGAUUCAUCUACGAUACUUGGGAUUGAGAAACACUGGUUUGAAGAGACUGCCAUCCUCCAUCGGACAUCUCCUAAAUCUGCAAACUCUGGAUGUGAGAGGAACAGGUAUUUUAUGGCUUCCGAAAUCAUUUUGGAAAAUCCGGACGCUGAGGCACGUCUACAUUCCUGCAUUUAUGCUUCUAAGAGCAUCGACAAGUGGGGAUCACAACAACUUGCAGACUCUGAAAUUCCAGGACAUUACACCCGAGGUGGGUGAUAUGGAUGUGGUCCGUGCGGUCUGUUUACUAGGCAUAAGCUGGAUCAAAAAUUGGGUUACCAAACCUGACUUUACUGAGGAGGUGAUGGAGAGAACAACUGGCAGAAUGAUUAGAAAGUCACUUGGAAAAGCAAUCGAGAAAACAGACAGCCUCAUCUCCUUGACUCUGAAUUUUGGUCUAAUCCCUGGCGACAUCCUUCACACUUGGGCACCAAACUUGCACCAGCUCCGUUCACUGAGACUACACGGACCGUUGUUACGCAAACAACAACAGGAGCUCCCAGACAACAGUCAAUUCCCGCCAAACCUCACCAAGCUCCUAUUAGUGCUCACUGGAAUGGAGCAAGACCCAAUGCCGGUGUUGGAGCAGCUGCCAAACCUCAGGUUUCUCGAGCUGUCAGUAGGUGCAUACGUAGGGAAGAGCAUGUUGUGUUCUUCUGCUGGUGGCUUUCCUCGACUGCAACACUUGACAUUAAUGAGACUCCAUUCCUUAGAGGAAUGGAGAGUGGAGGCUGGGGCGAUGCACAACCUCACCCACUUAACUAUCAAUCAGUGCGUGGAAUUGAGGAUGCUUCCGGAGGGAUUGCAGCACGUGACCACACUUCGAGAACUGAAGCUGAUUCAAAUGCCCUGUGACUUUAAUGACAGGGUCAGAAAUGAGGUUUGGCGCAUCCCCUCCAUUAUUUUUGAACAUGAGCUACAGUGACAUAAUAUCACCAGUACCAGAAAUGAGGGUGAGUACUUUAAUUGGCAUUAGCUGAAGUGAUGAUCCAGCCAAUAAGGUUCUCUAGCUUUCUUUAAUAAGUACAAGGCAGCACUUCUAGCUAUUUCUUAUGGAACUCUUAACUGUAUUAGUUCUUAUUUUUCAUUUCCACAUCAUAUGUCUCUUUAGAUUUGAUGGAAUUGUUAAUUUUCGGUAACGUAUUUGAUAUUGCUUUUCACACAUGAACUUCUAUUUCGACUUGCAAAUAUUUGGCGAUAUAUGUUAUAUUCUGAUGCAAUCUUCUUUUCUGUUGUUUCUUUAGUA